UUUUUUUUAAAAAAAAAAAAUGACAAGGAAAUUCCUAUUCCUUUUGUUUUUAUUAUUAUUUCAAAAAGCUCAAUGUUAUAAAUCAGGCGAUCAAAUAACUCUUUAUUACAAUAAACUGUUUUCUAUAAAGAGUCAAUUAACCUAUGAUUAUGCGUCACUUUCUUUUAUAUGUCCACCUUCACACACAUCACGAAAAAAAAGCUUAUUGAUCUUUGAUGAGGAUAUUCGAGGCGAUCGACUCAUUCCAAGCGAUUAUAAAGUAAAUAUUGCAAGUUGUUAAAGUUUCGAGUAGUUAAUUUUUUUUUUCCAUGUGUAGAUUAACUUUUUAAAAGAUCAAGAAUGUAAAUUACUUUGUAAAAAAGCUUGGAGUGUUGAAGAUGCUAUUCAAGUAAGCGAUUUAAUUUCAAAUAAUUAUCAAGUAGAAUGGAUAUUAGAUGGUUUAAUUGGUUCAACUGU